CACUUCUUUCAAGUUUCACUCUCUGUGUUCUUCAGAGACAGGGGAAGCCGGAAGGGAGCCUGAGAUGGAGUUCCAUCUUCCAUGGUGAGUUGAUCCUGUUUAUAUGUCAAUGUGACGGAUAGAGAGAGAGAGAGAGGGAGAGAGGGAGAGAGGGAGACGUUCGUUCAUGCUAUUUUUCUCGGUUUCCGGUUCUUGAGGUUGUAGUUUUUCAGUCACAGAGGCUUUCAUUCCGUUGGCAGAUGACGGUCUUCGCACAUACAUCCGGCGGUUUUCUCGCUGGUAAACAGGUUUUUCCGGUCGAUUACGAAGCAGAAGUUUCUCAGCGUCUUGUUGAAGCUUCGCACACUGGCGAUCUGAAGACGGCAUUCGAAUGCAUCGCCGAUCCUUCCGUGGAUGUUAACUUUGUUGGUGUUGUUUGCUUGAAAAUGAGGAAGACGGAAGUACUCUUGCACGAUGAGUCUGCCGAUGAAGUACGGAUUGAAUACGAGGAGUUCAAGACCGAUGUCACGCCGUUGUUUCUCGCUGUACAUACUGGCAAUCUAACGCUUGUGCGGAAACUUCUGAGUGUAGGAGCCGAUGUCAAUCAGAAACUCUUCAGAGGCUACGCAACAACAGCAGCUGUGAGGGAGGGCCAUCUAGAGAUCUUGGAGAUCCUGCUCAAGGCAGGUGCGUCUCAGCCAGCAUGCGAAGAGGCCCUUUUAGAGUCAAGUUGCCAAGGACGUUAUGGAUUCGCCGAGUUGAUCAUGGUUUCCGACUUGAUUCGACCACAGGUUGCCGUGCACGCGCUUGUCAUUGCGUGCUGUAGGGGUUUCGUGGACGUGGUGGAUACACUCAUGAAGUGUGGGGUGGAUGGGAACGCUAUCGCUCGAGUGCUGCUUCGAUCUUCCAAGCCUUCCCUACACACCAACGUCGACUGUAGCGCGCUCGUAGCUGCCGUUAUCAGCCGGCAGAUCUCAGUUGUCCGACUGCUACUACAGGCUGGUGUAAGAACAGACUUGAAAGUGAAAUUGGGAGCUUGGUCAUGGGACACGACAUCAGGUGAAGAGUUCCGGGUUGGUGCAGGGUUAGCAGAGCCUUUCUCAGUCACCUGGUGUGCAGUUGAGUACUUCGAGACCAGUGGUACUGUUCUACGCAUGCUUCUCCAACACCACUCUCCAAACAUUUCUUACUGUGGGAGGACGCUCAUCCAUCACUCCAUCCUCUGUGGGAAUGUUCGAGCACUCGAUGUGCUUAUACAUUGUGGUGCCGAUGUUGAAUCCCCAGUCAAAACAAUCAGGAAAAUUGAAUUCCGCCCCAUACACAUGGCUGCACGACUUGGGGAGACUAGAAUCCUUCAACGCCUGAUAGAUGCUGGCUGUGACCUCAACUCCCAAACAGACUCAGGUGAGACUGCUCUAAUGAUCUGUGCAAGGUACAAACGGGAGGAGUGUCUCAGUGUCCUUGCUUUCGCCGGUGCUGAUUUUGGUCUUGUCAACUUCUCGGGUCAGUGUGUUAGUUCGAUUGCCUCGGCCAACCACUGGGCCCUUGGUUUUCGACAAGCUGUGCUUGGCGUAAUUCGAGCAGGGAGUAUUAUUCAAUCAAGCAAUCCAUCUGUCUUCGUCCCUCUGAUGUUUGUGGCGCAAUCAGGUGAUACUGAGGUCUUGGAAACACUGAUCAAUAGACCCGACAUUAAUGUUGACUACCAGGAUGACAAUGGGUUCACAGCAGUCAUGGUAACAGCCAUGGAAGGCCAUGUGGAAGCUUUCCGGUUACUCGUUUAUGCUGGGGCAGAUGUAAAGCUGUGUAACAAGUCAGGUGAGACAGCAAUCACUCUAUCUGAACUAAACCAGAAUCGUGAUCACUUUGAGAAGGUGAUGCUCGAAUUCGCACUAGAAAGUGGUAAACGUGGAGCUGGGGGCUUUAACGCCUUACAUUGUGCAGCCCGCCGUGGUGACAUAGCUGCAGUUCGUCUGCUAACGAGUAGGGGUUACGAUGUCAACAUUCCUGAUGGGGAUGGGUACACCCCACUUAUGUUAGCAGCAAGGGAAGGCCAUGGCUGCAUAUGUGAGCUUCUGAUCUCAUGUGGAGCUCGAUGUGAAAUUGAGAAUAGAAGGGGAGAGUCUGCACUAUCACUAGCAAGGAAGAAUGGUGUAAACAGUGUUGCAGAGCGUGUGAUACUAGAUGAGCUUUCUAGGACGCUUGUGUUAAGUGGAAGCCAUGUUCAGAAGCAUACGAGGGGAGGUAAAGGAGCUCCACAUGGGAAGGUGAUGAAAAUUUUGGGUGCUGCUGGGAUAUUGCAGUGGGGGAAAUCUAAUCGAAGGAAUGUGAUUUGUCGGGAAGCUGAGGUGGGGCCAAGCUUGGCAUUUCGGAGAAACCGUGAAAGAAAGGGUGAUGCUGAUGAGCCGGGUGUGUUUAGAGUGUUGACAACUAGGAACAGAGAGGUGCAUUUUGUUUGUGAAGGUGGGAUUGAAAGAGCUGAACUGUGGGUGAGGGGAAUAAAGCUUGUGACGAGGGAAGCUAUUUCUGGGAAGAAACGGAGUGAUUUGUGAGAAGGGGCACU